UCCCCGCAGCCCCCCGGGAUGCGGUAGCGGCCGCCGGGCCAGGCCGCCGAGCCGCCGAGCCGCCGCCGCCGCCGCCGCCGCCGCCGCGCAGACCCGCGCAGACCCGCGCCGGCUCCGUGCGCCAUGGUCACCCACAGCAAGUUUCCCGCCGCCGGGAUGAGCCGCCCGCUGGACGCCAGCCUGCGCCUCAAGACCUUCAGCUCCAAGAGCGAGUACCAGCUGGUGGUGAACGCCGUGCGCAAGCUGCAGGAGAGCGGCUUCUACUGGAGCGCCGUGACGGGCGGCGAGGCCAACCUCCUGCUCAGCGCCGAGCCGGCCGGCACCUUCCUCAUCCGCGACAGCUCGGACCAGCGCCACUUCUUCACGCUCAGCGUCAAGACGCAGUCGGGCACCAAGAACCUGCGCAUCCAGUGCGAGGGCGGCAGCUUCGCGCUGCAGAGCGACCCCCGGAGCACGCAGCCCGUGCCGCGCUUCGACUGCGUGCUCAAGCUGGUGCACCACUACAUGCCGCCCCCCGGCGCCCCCGCCGCGCCCCCGGCGCCCUCCGAACCCGCCGCGCCGCCGCCGCCCCCCGGGGCGCCGCCCCGCAGAGCCUACUACAUCUACUCGGGGGGCGAGAAGAUCCCCCUGGUCCUGAGCCGGCCCCUCUCCUCCAACGUGGCCACGCUCCAGCAUCUCUGUCGGAAGACGGUCAACGGUCACCUGGGCGCCUACGAGAAGGUCACCCAGCUGCCCGGGCCCAUCCGCGAGUUCCUGGAUCAGUAUGACGCCCCGCUCUAGGGAGCCGCCGCCCGGGUGCCCGCCCCCCGGCCGUGUCUGGUGUAAGCACACACGAAUCGGGCAGGACAGCCCGGCCGCAGCCCCACGGAGCCCACGGAGCUGGAAGGCGUCCUGAGCGCCCCUCGGGGGCCCGCGCCGCCCCCCUGCGCCUCUGCCGACACACCUGGGGCGCCGGAGGACUGCCAGGCAUGGGGGUCUGCAGACUUCCCAGUGGAACUUGUUGGGUCGGAAACGAGCUUUAAACCUGAGCAGGCCUGGGGAAGGGUAGGUAAGAGGUGCGGGGGGUCCCCAGGGACAGCAGGCCGGUCAAGGAAGCGGCCACCACGACGAGGGGGGGGGGGCCCCAGCCCGGGGAGGGGGGGUGGCCGCCGGCUGCGGGGGAGGGCCCCCCUCAGCCUCCCCGGGGGUAUGCCCCCAGCCCAGAGCCCAGAGCCGGCUCACCCCGAGUCCAGGCGCCUUCUUCCGUUUUAAGGGAGAAGCCAUGGGGCUGCCCGGGUGCUGCACUGUCCUCUGCCCUUGGGGGACGCAGUGAGUAGCCGCCUCUGACCCCUGACCCACGAUGGGGACCCCCACUUCGAGCCUCCUUGCUGCCAGGAGAUUUGCCUUAAAUGCUCCCUGUCCUGGGAUCGGGGCCGGCACACGGAAGGCCGCACUCAGCCGGCCCCGCCGGAGGUGGGGGGUUCUGGGGGCCCCACUGCCCACCCUCGGUGGCACGGGCGGGGAAGCAGGUCUCACGUUCCCCCCCCCUUCCUGGGGGUGGGGGAGGGCGCUGCCUCCAGCCCCCGCUGCCCCGCCCCCAGCACUGAUCAGAGAUGCUUACAGGAAUGUAGCCGCAGGGGAAUUACCUGGAACCGCGUUUGGGGGGUAACACAAAGUUUUCUGUGUCAGGUAUUGGGGGCGGCAGCAGUGAGUUGGGGUGUUUAUUUUUCUGUUAUUUUGUUCAGUUUUACCGUCAUUGUUUUGUAAUAAUGUUUACAAUCUGCCUCAAUCACUCUGUCUUUUAUAAAGAUUCCACCUCUAGUCCCCCUCCCCCCAGGCCUUCGAGGCUGUUCGGAGAUGCUUGAAGUGAACAAAAUACCCAUCCAAGUCAAACUUUGCACAUAUUUAUAUUUAUAUUCAGAGAAGUCUUUCAGUAAUUUAUAAUAAAGAGCACUAUUUUUUAA